UGACGAAUCGGCUCGGUCGUCGGCGCGGGGCGGCGCUCUGCCGUGCUGGUUGCUCAGUGAUCGGUGUGAGGCGGCGCUCUGCGAGCUGGGUGCUCAGUGAUCGGCGCGGGGCGGCGCUCUGUGAGCUGGGUGCUCAGUGAUCGGUGUGAGGCGGCGCUCUGCCGAGCUGGGUGCUCAGUGAUCGGUGUGGGGCGGCGCUCUGCCGAGCUGGGUGCUCGGUGUUCGGGCUGAGCUGCUGAGCGGGCUGACAGAGUGGCGGCGGAUCCCCCGCUCUCAGCGGUAGGAGCCACCGGGGCUGGCCUACUCAGUGAUCGGGGUGAGCCGCUGAACGGGCGGCGGCGGCGGUGGAUCCCUGCUCUCGGCCGUGGAGGAGACCCCGGGGGCUGUUUGGUCCGACUAGUGACGUCAUCUACCCCAGGCGGAGCGCCAGAGGCCGAAGGUCACGGCACUACCGUGACGGUCAUUGAGGUCAAGCAACGACCGGCUUCCGAUCUGCGAGCCUGCUUAUCGAGUGUGCGCCCCUGCAGUCAUCGUUACAGUCACAAUCAGUCACAGUCACAGUAACGGCCACAGUCAGUCACAGACACAGUGACAGCCGGUUAGAGGAACAUCGAGCGCCGCGGCGCGGCGGCCGGUCGACGGUCCCAUUUCGCUGGCGGAGACGGGCGCUCGUUCAGACUGAUGGAGGUGACACCGCCGCCAAAUGAGCAACAUGGAGACGCUAAAUUACCGAAAAUGACAGUGGGAGCCUCCACAUCGGUAACGCUGGCGGGAUAGCCCAGUGCCAUAUUUGUGCAGCGAUGGGGGAGACGUAUAUGAUUUACAAGGAGCGCCGGCAGAGGAAACAGCUGGAGUCGGCCCACGAGCGCUCCACGCGCCGGUUCAUCAAAUUCCUCCAGAUGUCGGACGACGACCGGAUGUCGCUGACGACGGCCGUCAGUGACGAGGACGAGGAGGCGGCAGAGGCGUCGCUGCACGCCUCGCCCUACCGCGUCUCGCGCUCGGGCAGCUCGGCGGCUUCCUUCAACUGCACGGGCGCCGUCCGCAAGGCCGGGUUCCUCUCGGUGAAGAAGUGGCUCCUGCGGAAGAAGCACCAGGUGGAGCUGGCCCGGAAGCGCGGCUGGAAGGGCUACUGGGUGUGUCUGAAGGGCACUACGCUGCUCUUCUACCCGUGCGAGUCGCGCGAGGGGCGCAGCAUCGAGCAGGCGCCCAAACACCUCAUCAUCGUGGACGGCGCCAUCAUGCAGUCCAUCCCCGAGCACCCCAAGCGGGAGCACAUCUUCUGCCUGAGCACGGCCUUCGGAGACGCCUACCUGUUCCAGGCGCCGUGCCAAGUCGAGCUGGAGAACUGGAUCAACAGCAUCCACAGCGCGUGCGCGGCGGCGUUCGCGCGCCACCGCGGCAAGACGGGCACGCUGCACCUGCUGCAGGAGGACAUCUUCCGGCUGGAGCGCUCCAUUGAGUCGGACUCGAAACUGAAGUACAUGGCGGACGUGCAGCUGAGCGUGGUCUCUGAACAGGACCGGGAGGAGCUGACCUCCCAGCUGGCCAGCUACGACGACAGCCUGGAGCGGCUGCACUGCGAGCAGUUCCGGCUGCGCUGCUACAUGGCCUCGCUACAGGGUGGCGAGCUGCCCAACCCCAAGGGUCUGCUGACGCACGUCUCUCGCGUCACCAAGAUGACGCUGAACCGGCUGGGCGUGUUUAACGUCUCCUCGUUCCACGCCUACAUCUGCGCGCGCAGCCCGAGCCUGUUGAACAACCUGCUGGCCGGCCGCGGCGCCACCAAGCGGCGCGCUCCCAUGCUGUCGCGCAGCGGCAGCGGCGGCGGCAGUCGCUCCUUCAGCCACGAGAGCGGCGACGAGCGCACCUACCGCGUCCGCAUGCCCGACAAUCAGUAUGUUGUUAUUCACCUGCGAGAAGGUAUGACGGUCGAGGAUUUCCUAAUAUCGGCCUCUCUGAAGAAGAAUCUCAAUCCCAUGGAGCAAUUCGUGCGCGUCAAGAAAAGAAGAGACAUGGAGGCGACCAAUUACUUUGUGCCGCAUCACUCCGACCUCAUCGACACUUACUUGCAGACGCACGAAGUGUGCGAGAUCUGCACCAAGGUGCUGUUCCAAGUGGAGCUGUCACGCUCGGCGCAGGACCAGAUGUGGGGCUUCAGCGUGGAGGCCGAGCUGAUUGAGAACGUGGACCGCCAGGACGAGCUGUGCUGCUACAUCUCCCGGGUGGAGGACCGCUCGCGGGCCGCCCACAACGGCCUGAUCCGCGGUGACGAGAUCAUGGUGAUUAACGGCGCGAUCGUCUCGGACCUGGACAUGAUGUAUCUGGAGUCGGUGCUACAGGAGGAGCUGGCGCUCUGCCUCAUGAUGCGCUCCUCCCGCACAGAGGUGCCGGACGUGGCCAACCUGAUGAAGUCGACCGACGACAUCAUCGAGCGGCUCGUCUGCCCGCCGCCGCCCUCUGAGAACACCGUGCGAGACGACGACAUCGACAACAUGAUCGUGCCCAGCGUCAAAUCCUGGGGUCGUCAGCGGUCGGCCGACAUCGAGGGUUGUCCGCCGCCGCCCUCAGACACGUCCGACCGCUCCAAUGUCUCCUCCGUCGAGAUCGAAAACCUGCUCAAGAGCGCCACGCUGGUGACGGGCUACUGCCGCUCGCCGGCCGAGUCGGCGCGCGGCCCCUCUCCCACGUCUAGUGUGGCCUCCAGUCAGAGUCAGACGGCCACGCCCAACCGACACCUGAGCGACGCCGACAAACUGCGCAAGGUUCUCACCGAGCUCAUCGACACGGAGCGCACAUACGUCAAGCACCUGAACUCGCUGAUAGACAACUACCUGGAGCCGCUGCGGCGCGAGUCGUUCAUCACCCCGGCCGAGAUUAACGCCCUGUUCGGCAACAUUCCGGAGAUCGUCGAGUUCCAGCGCGACUUUCUGCAGAGCCUGGAGGAGGCCGUCGAAAUGGAGCCCAGCCUCGGCCGGCUCGAGACGCCAACCCAGUUUAAGAACGUAUUAUUCUCCAUAGGAAACGCCUUUUUAUAUCACACAAAUAGUUUCAAGCUGUAUAGUUCCUUCUGUGCCAGUCACUCGAGAGCUCAAAAGGUUCUUCAUCCAAGCGAGGGGAACCAGCAGCUGCAGCAGUUCCUGCAGCGCCAGAACCCGCGCCAGCAGCACUCCUCCACGCUGGAGAGCUACCUCAUCAAGCCGAUCCAGCGCAUCCUCAAGUACCCCCUGCUGCUGCAGCAGCUGCGGAACCUGGCGGACCGACAGUCGGGCGAGCACCACCACCUGGAGGAGGCGCUCAAAGGCAUGGAGAAGGUGGCCGAGCACAUUAACGAGAUGCAGCGUAUCCACGAGGAGUAUGGAGCCAUCUUCGACCACCUGUUCCGGCAGCACCAAAAGUCCACCAAAAUGGUGCUGCCAGUCGCCUCGCCUGUGGACCUCUCGCCGGGCGACCUGCUCUACUAUGGCGGCGUCGAGUGGCUCAACAUCGCCGACUUCCUAGGAAAGAUCAAAAAGGGCCUCGAACUGCACGCCAUGUGCUUCGUCUUCAAGACGGCCGUUGUUUUCUUGUGCAAGGAGCGGCUCCGUCAGAAGAAGAAGCUCAUGAGCGCGCCCAGUAAGGGUAACCCGGCCGAGGUGGAGAUCAUCCGAUACCAGGUGCUCAUCCCGGUCACCGAGGUGCAGGUACGCGCCUCAUCGUGCCGCGACGUCGAGAACCACUACCUCUGGGAGCUGAUCCACCUCAAGUCGCAGAUUCACCGGCGCAACGAGAAGGUCUACCACCUCUCCAACAGCACAAGUGACUUCCGGAACGCCUUUCUGAAGACGAUCCGGCAGAUAAUUCGGGAGAGCGUGCGUAACAUGAGCAUCCCGGUGACUAAGGCGUCCAACUCGACCUACAAGACGGGCACUCUGCAGCCGUCGCGCACACUCAGCAUGCGGAAAAAGAUGCAGAGCAAGGGCCAACGCUACUCGGCCGGCAUGUCGGCCACCAUCGACUACGACAACCUGGACGGCUACCACGAGGCGGUGUCGGGCAGCGAGACGAACCUGCGCCGGCGCAGCCGUACAAUGGACGCCUCGUCCGGCCACCCAGGUCCGCGGCCCGGCCUCAGACCAGGCCGGCCGGGCGCGCUGGGCGAUGACGGCUCGGACGUGCGGGACGACACGUCUCGCUCGGACGUCGAGGAGGAGGAGGAGGCGCUGACGCGCCGCUGCGGCCAGCUGGGCCGCAUCCCCAACCACCUCAGCCUGAGCACGUCCAGCACACUGUCGGCCGGCAGCACGGGCAGCCAGGCGCGCCUCAUCCAGGCCAGCAACGCGCCCGAACACUACCAGCCGCCGCACGCCCGCGCAGCAGGCUCGCCGGUCUGGAAGCCGCGCGGCCCGCUGCUGCACGAGGCCCGCACGCUGCCGCCGUGCUCCCGGGAGCGGGUGAUAUUUGACGACCACCCCGCGUACGCGCCGCGGCCGCACCCGGCGGCGACCGGAGCGCGCAGCAAGACUGACUCGCUCCGACUGGCCGGCAAACACGAGUAGCGGCCGCCGUGGACGUCUGUCUGCACACAGACUUCUCCCAGAGCUCUGCCAGCCAGAGGACCGCACAGGUGACUGCGGCGCCGCGCCGACUGAGGCCGCUAGCCCGGUGGUGGCUGAGACCGAACCCAGGGCGGCCCGUCGGAGGCUGCCGGCCGGACCGAGAGCUCCAAAGCUGAACCAGUGUUGGCUGCCGGCGGAGCCCAGCCCGGCCUGAGCCGGCGGUGGCGGCUGGCCGAGCCCAGAGCUCCGUGCUGAGCCAGUGGUGACUGAAGACCUAACCCCGUGCUGGCCUGACGGCCGACGGCCCAUACAGUUGUUUGUAAUUUUUUAGUUGCUCAUUGGCGCUGUUGAGCGGUAGGGCGGACAUCAGAGCGCCGGGCCGGAGUCGGCGCUGCGCGGGUGCGCGCCGGCGCUCGGCGGGGCUCCGUGCCCCGGCACCCCGGCACGGCCGGGUUCAAUACGUGCUCAAAGCUGCUAUGCGUUUCCCGACACGUCUUAAUGGCUUAUUUAAGAGCGGCGCGGCCGGGACGGGCGCGACCGGACCGCAGGAGCCGGGGACGGCGCGCGGCGAUACUGAGACGGGCUGCAGCGUACUGGUCUAGUCCAACUAUUUUCAUCCAGAUCUCCCUCUGCCACAUCGCGGUUGUGUUGAGAUGUGACUGUUGUUCUUUCAUGUAUAUAUAUAUAUAUAUAUAUAUAUAUAUAUAUAUAUAUAUAUAUAUAUAUAUAUAUAUAUAUAUAUAUAUAUAUAUAUAUAUAUAUAUAUAUAUAUAUAUAUAUAUAUAUAUAUAUAUAUAUAUAUAUAUAUAUAUAUGAGGUAUAUGUUGGCUCACUGAAAUGCCCUGAGUUUGUGCCAAACGGAGUGGGUGGGACGGGGCCGACCUGACGGCGUGGCCGCCGCGCCCGCCGGCUGGACCACCUACUGCAGCAUUCCAUUGAUGUAUUAUCUUCCAGAGUAGCUAGUUUUCUAUCCGUAGCCAUUGUUCAUUGCUGGUUCUGGUUAAUAUGUAGGGUAGCCUGCGUUGGUUUGGGACCCUGUGCGUUUGGUUUUUGGUGCGGUGCGCCGGUGCAGGGGCGCCGGCCGGCCGGACUCGUGGCGGGGCGCUGGCCGGCGGGUCGGGCCGUCAACUGGGGCAGCGGGCGCCGCCGACCCGCCGCGCUGCCAGCCAACUCUUACAGCACUUCACACACGGCAACUCAGGAGGACACCUUUUCUAUUGUUUGGUUUGUGCUCAAUAAUCUCCGCAUCUGAUCCUGACUUACGUGUGUGACGAUUGCCAAACAGUUAUUGGUUCAAUAAAUUUUUCCACGUAAUUGUGA